AUGGUGUCUGUUGCAAACCGGUGUUGUGUUGCAGCAGACUGUGUUGCAGCAGAUGUGGGGUUGCAGACGGUUGUUGCAGCAGACGCAGGCGUUUGUCGCAGCAGGCGUGUUGGUGCAUGCAGGCGUGUUGUCGCAGCAGACGUGUUGUUACAGACUGGUGUUAGUUUACAGACGUGUUGUUGGAGACUUGUUGUUAGCACGCAGGCGUGGUUGUUGCAGGCAGACGUGUUUGGUCGCGCAGGCGUGUUGUUGCAGCUGGCGUGUUGUGUGCACGCUAGCUUGUUUCGCAGCAGACGGUUGUUACAGACGUGGUUGUUGCAGACGUGUUUUUGCAGGCAGGCUGUGUUUGAGCAGCAGAUGUGUUUGUUGCAGCAGUCGUUUUGCUCGCAGGCCAGCUUGUGUUGCUGCAGGCGCGUUUGUAGCAGCAGGCGCUGUUGCGUUGCAGCGAAGGCGUGUUUGUCGCAGAAGGACGUGUUGUUACAGACGUGUUGUUACAGACGUGUUUUGCAGACGUGUGGUUGCAGCAGGCGUGUUGUUGCAGCAGAUGUGUUGGUGCAGCAGACCGUGGUUGUUGCAGCAACGUGUUUUUGCAGCAGACGGGUUUAUUGCAGCAGGCGUGUUUGCUACAAACUUGCUGUUGCAGCAGACGAGCUGUUGCAGCAGGCGUGUGCAGCAGACGUGUUGUUGCAGUCAACGUUUUUCGCUGCAGAUACGUGGUUUGAUGCUGCAGACGUUCUGUUGCAGCGAUACGUGUUAGUCGUCAGCAGACCGUGUUUUGCAGCAGGCGUGUUGUUGCUGCAGGCGUGUUGUUGCCUGCAGACGUUUGUUCAGACAAGACGUUUGUUGCAGCAGACGUGUUGUUGGCCAGACGUGUUUUGCUGCAGACGUGUUGUUUCAGCAGGCUGGUUUUGGAGCAGGCGGUUGUCUCAGCAGCGUGUUGUCGCAGCAGACGCUGUUUCGCAGCAGACGGUGUUAGUCGCAGCAGAACGUGUGAUGCUUCGCAGGCGUGCUGUUGCAGCAGGCGUGUUUGUGUACUGCAGACGUGUUGUUUUGCAGCAGACCGUGUUGUGUACAGACUGUGUUGCAGCAGACGUGUUUGUUCAGCAAAGCAUGUUGUUGCAGCAGACGGGUGUUGCAAGCAGACGUAUUGUCGCGAGCAACGUGUUGGGCGCAUGCAGGCGGUGUUUGUUGUUUGCAGCGGACGUGUGUGCAGCGGACAGUGUUGUCGCAGCAGACUGUGUUGUCGCAGCAGACUGUGUUAGUCGCAGCAGACGUGUUGGUUGCUGCAGACUGUUAUCGCAGCUGACGGUUGUCGCAGCAGACGUGUUGGUCGCAGUCAGACGUGUUUUGCGUUGCAGGCGUGCUGUUGCAGGCAGCGUGAUGUUACUGCAGAAACGUGUUGUUUGCAGCAGACGUGUUUUGCAGCAGACGUGUUGGUUGCUGCAACGUGUUGAUACAGCAAGGCGUGUUGCAGCGGACGUGUUUGUUGCAGCAGACAUGUUGUUACAGACGUGUUUUUGCGCAGACGUGUGUUGCAGCAAACAUGUUUGUUGCAGCAAGACGGUUGUUGCAAGCAUACGUAUUGUCGCAGCAGACCGUGUUGUCCGCAGCAGGCGUUUUGUUGCAGCGGACGUGUUGUAA